UGGGAGGUUUGGCUUCCAAACUAUAGACCAAUCAGAUUGCACUUGGACUAAGGCAGCAGGGAGUUGCAAACCCGGAGCAGCCCAGUCCCUCCUGUGCCUCCCAGUUGCAUUGCUGUGCGAAACAGAAGCAACAGCCUGUGCAAUUCCCACAAAUAGGAACAAGCAGCCGGAGGAUUGUGCAACUACUACACACUCUCAGCCCUGGUCCUGGUGAGCAAAGAUGUCUGCUAAACAUAAACUCCAUGAGUUUCCACUGGAUGACACCAUACAUUCACUCUGGGGCUCCACCAUUGGUCCAUACUGAUGUCCUGAGAUGCCUAUUCCUAUGAAUGGAUAUUAGUCAUAACUAAUUCACUCUGGGGCUCCACCAUUGGUCCAUACUGAGAUGCCUAUUCCUACGAAUGGAACACUCCUGUUCUAGCUGCUGACACCAUGGAUCUGAUGGGCUGUUACCUCCAUGCACCGAGUAUCUGCUGUACAAAGAUGGCAGUCGGAUUGGGAAUGAAGGUGCUACUUGUGACACUGCUACUGCCACUUGUGCAAAGUCACAGCCUGUUCACGUGUGAACCUAUCACCGUACCCAGAUGCACAGGCAUGAACUAUAACAUGACGUUCUUUCCAAAUCUCAUGGAACACUAUGACCAAGAUAUUGCAGCACUGAGGAUGGAACCUUUCCUUCCACUCCUGAAUCUCCACUGUUCCCCUGAGGUCCACAUGUUUUUGUGCCGGGCCUUCGUUCCUGAGUGCACGGAACCCAAACAUAUAACAAUGCCUUGUAGGAGCCUCUGUGAACGAGUCCAUUCAGACUGUAAGAACCUCAUUGAAACCUUUGGUAUUACUUGGCCCGCAGAGCUGGAAUGUGACAGAAUGAGAGAUUGCAAUUAUUCCCAGUCCAAAGUGGGUGGACCCAAUGGUCCACAAGAUGCUCGUCAACAUCCUGAAAAAGUUUCCAAAGACUUCAGGUUCUGGUGCCCACAACACCUGAAGACCUCCCAGGGAUCAGGUUUCAAGUUUUUGGGGGUAGACCACUGUUCACCUCCGUGCCCCAACAUGUACUUCACAAAAGUUGAUGUGGACUUUGCAAAAUAUUUUAUCGGCAUAAUUUCAAUAAUAUGCUUUUGUGUCACUCUCUUCACUGUUCUAACCUUCCUGAUUGAUGUGAAAAGGUUUAGAUACCCAGAAAGACCAAUUAUAUUUUAUUCAGUGUGCUACAGCAUGGUGUCACUGAUGUACGUCAUUGGGUUUUUAAUGGGGAACUCCGUUGUCUGCAAUGAGCGAGAAGAAAACUUUGCUUCAGGGGACACUGUUGUUAUUGGAUCUCAGCACAAAGCUUGCACCUUCAUCUUUAUGCUCCUUUACUUCUGUACCAUGGCAGGAACUAUAUGGUGGGUGAUGCUUACAAUCACCUGGUUUCUGGCUGCCGGACGGAAAUGGAGUUGCGAAGCAAUAGAGCAAAAGUCGCUGUGGUUUCAUGCUGUGGCAUGGGGCAUUCCAGGAAUCCUCACUAUCAUUCUUCUGGCCAUGAACAAAGUAGAAGGAGACAACAUUAGCGGUGUUUGUUUUGUUGGACUCUAUGACCAAGAGGUUUCUGUAUACUUUGUUCUCUUGCCUCUGUGCCUUUGUGUCUUCAUUGGACUUUCCCUCCUCCUAACUGGAAUUAUUUCCUUAAAUAAUGUCCGGCAAGUCAUACAGCAUGAUGAGGGGAACAAACAGAAACUAAAGAAGUUCAUGAUUCGCAUUGGCGUGUUCAGUGGCACAUACCUAGUUCCACUGGUGAUCCUGCUGGGGUGCUACCUCUACGAGCAAGUAUAUAGAAGCUCUUGGGAAAUGACCUGGGUUUCUGACAACUGCCAGGAUUACCAUAUCCCAUGUCCUUACCAGCUAAAGAACCCAGCCAGGCCUGACCUCGGUCUGUUCAUAACCAAAUACGUCAUGACCUUGAUUGUUGGCAUCUCUGCUAUCUUCUGGGUGGGCAGUAAGAAAACUUGUUCCGAGUGGGUGAACUUUUUGAACCGGAGUCGAAAACAAGACCCCAUCAGUGAGAGUCGAAGGGUCCUACAAGAGUCUUGUGAAUUUUUCCUCAAGCACAAUGCCAAAGCGAAACACAAGAAGAAGAAGCACUCAAAGUCUGGCUCUCACAAGUUGAAAGUCAUAUCCAAAUCAAUGGGAACAAGUACAGGUGGAAAAAUAAACCAUGGCAUGUCUGCUGUGGGAAUUACAAGUCACGAUUUACUGGGUCAAGAAGCAUCUGGUGAUAUUAGAAGCACCUUGGAGGUUUCUCGUACUGAAGACCCAGAAGGUACAAGCUGCAUUCUAAAAUCAGGAGAUCAUAUCACAGGGGAGGUCACCACCCAGACCUUACUAGAUGGCACUGAGGCCCUUGAAGUAUAUACAGACUGUAAUAAUAAAGCAGGAAGCAGAAGAGGAAAUGGCUUGUCAGGAAGCAUUCACACCAUUCUUCAUGGAAGUUUACAAGAGGUGGCUGAGAACCGUGUGAAUGUGGAAAACGUGUCUCUGGAUCCAGACCAAACCGAGGAUCUUUCCAAAGUGCCCGGCCUCACUGUCCCCCCGUGCCAAUGACAGAAAUAUUAACACAAUGAGUUUGUGAGAAUCAGAUCAUCCAGGACUUUUUGGUUUUCUGAUUCCAGUAGGGAAAACAAACAUUUCUGCUAUACUAGA